GCUUCAUCAUACGUCACUCUUUCUUUCUCUCUCUCUCGAAAUUGCAAACCUGCAUCAACGAAAACCUCUGUCCCUGCCCUGAAUUCGCGGCUCCUGAUGAGCGUCUAAAUUGUCCGGUUCCGCCCCGAUUCCCGAUCGGAAAUUUCCUCAAUUUCUCCGAGAACGAACGAGGCGCGGGGAUCUCUCUCUCUCUCUCCUCGUACUCUCGAUUUCGCCCGGUCGAGAUUGCUGGGGGGUUGGGAGCGGCGCGUGGUCGGGCGGCCGCCGCGGGUGGUGGUGGUGGAGGAGGAGUAGAGGAUGAGCUUCCAGGAUCUCGAGGCCGGCCGCGGGCCGGGAGGGUCGAGGCGCGGGGAGCUCCUCAACAAUGGCGGCCGGCAGGACGCCACGCAGGCCGUCGUCUCCGGCGUCUUCCAGAUCAACACCGCCGUCAACACCUUCCAGCGCCUCGUCAACACCCUCGGCACGCCCAAGGACACCCCCGAGCUCCGCGAGAAGCUGCACAAGACAAGGCUACAUAUUGGACAGUUGGUGAAGGAUACAUCGGCCAAGCUUAAACAAGCUAGCGAAACAGAUCAUCACGCUGGAGUUAGCGCCAGCAAGAAGAUUGCAGAUGCCAAACUGGCAAAAGAUUUUCAGGCGGUUCUUAAAGAGUUUCAGAAGGCUCAACGGCUUGCAGCUGAGAGAGAAACAGCAUAUGCACCAUUCGUUCCCCAGGCGGUACUUCCUUCAAGCUACACAGCCAGCGAGAUUGAUGUCAGUUCAGAUACGAGUCCACAACAGCAGGCCCUUCUAGUUGAAUCCAGAAGACAAGAAGGCGUGCUGUUGGAUAACGAGAUCACCUUCAAUGAGGCUAUUAUUGAGGAAAGAGAACAGGGAAUUCAAGAAAUUCAGAAUCAAAUUGGCGAGGUGAAUGAAAUUUUUAAAGAUCUCGCCGUCUUGGUUCAUGAGCAAGGGACCAUUAUCGAUGAUAUUGGCUCACACAUCGAUAAUGCUCAGGCUGCAACUUCUCAGGGAAAGACCCAACUCGUGAAAGCAGCAAAGACUCAACGGUCAAAUUCAUCUCUGGCUUGUUUGCUUCUGGUGAUAUUCGGGAUUGUGCUCCUCAUUGUGAUCAUAGUACUUGCAGCUUAAUCGGGAUUUAGUAAUCCCGGUAGUAUGUUGUGCAAACCCUACUGAUCUGCUUCAGAAGGCAGUAACAAGGUGGACAUCUCCCUGCACGUCUCUCUAAUUGCGGCCUCUGUGCAACUCCGUGGUUGAAUGGAUCGUCAUCCUCCCAAUCUCAUUUGCGUAUAUAAAUAUCAGCUUUUGUCUUGGGCUCCUUUUUAUUCUCCCUUUCUUCUUUCCUGUGGCUUUCCGGAGUUGGAUGCGUGGGUAUUGCUUUCAUCGUUGUUCGGGUCUUGAAUGUGGGUCUCGGACUCUGCGUGCAGUGGUAUGUUGUAUAAUUUUUCCUGUCUUUUUACAAAAUGAGAUUAAUCAAUUCUUUUCUGGUCUUAUGGUGAGUGAUAACUAAAGGGAAUUUAUGUACCUGAGUUGUUUCUACGAUAUUUCUUUUUUCUA